CACAUGUCAUGUCAUGUUUGUUUUGAUCUUCGAAAGCUGAUAAACGUGUUAUGAAAAAUUGAUCAUUAAAGAAAUGCCCUACUAGGAUAACGUGAAAAAUUAUGUACACAAGUAUUUCAGUUACUUCACACAGAUAACAGUACAAAAAUUGCAAAUUUAAUAACAUGCCCAAAGAUAGAAUUCCUCCUUUGCAACGAUGUGGCAGUAGAGGAUCUAUGCAAAAUGUGUACUCUUCUGCUAAUAAUUCGGAUGAGGAAGAGGAAGUAGAUUCGAAAUGUUCCCUCAGUUAUAAAGAGAGGAGACGAGAGGCGCAUACCCAAGCUGAACAAAAACGAAGAGAUGCCAUUAAAAAGGGUUAUGAUACUUUGCAAGCCUUGGUGCCAACAUGUCAACAAACAGAUAUUUCAGGUCAUAAAUUGAGUAAAGCAAGUGUUCUUCAAAAAUCUAUUGAUUAUAUUCAAUAUCUACAACAGCAAAAGAAGAAACAAGAGGAAGAAAGAAAUACUUUACGAAAAGAAGUGCUUGCUCUUAAAAUAAUGCAAACUAAUUACGAACAGAUUGUUAAGGCUCAACAGUCUCAACCUGGACAGGCUGAAAUGAGAGUAUCUGAUGAUGUAAAGUUUUCAGUGUUUCAGGCAAUUAUGGAGCAGCUCUUCAUACCAUUUAAUAAUAUAUCUGUAGUUAAUUUUACAGAACUAUCUGCUGGGGUUUUCAGUUGGUUGGAGGAGUACUGUAAACCUCAAACACUUAAAGAAUCUAUAAUGCAAGCAUUAAGGAGACAUAGUAGUCAGUUUAUGGGCUUAUCAACAAAUAUAUAAGAUAUACUUUAUUAUCAAGUUAAAUAAUUGUUUUGAUUAAUAAAAUUUUAUUCUGUU